GUCCUUCGGAAAUCCCUCGAGUUGCUCUAUUUCUUCAGCUAAGUUCAGGUGGCUGACGUGAGGGAGUUCAGCUGUAGAUGCUGUGGACAUUUAAAGAUUGGUAAUUUAGUUAACAUAUGAUAGAAAGCUUGUCAUUAGAAUGAAUGGGACAGCUUACUCAAACUUUGAUAAUCAAGAACAUGUCCUGAAAUUAGGCGAAACUUUUCAGAAACAACCAAAAAGUGCUUUCCAUACGGUACGAUAUGACUUUAAACCAGCAUCUAUAGACACUGCAUGUGAAGGGGAUCUGGAAGUUGGAAAGGGAGAACAAGUCACUAUAACAUUGCCUAACUUGGAGGGCUCCACUGCUCCAGUUACAGUGUUUAAAGGGUCCAAAAGGCCUUAUAUGAAGGAGUGUAUACUUAUCGUAAACCAUGACACGGGAGAAUAUCGUCUGGAGAAACUUAGUAGCAAUAUUUCAGUCAAAAAGACCAGAGCUGAGGGCAGCAGUAAGAUCCAGUCACGGCUGGAGCAGCAGACCACGAAGCUCAGCCAGCAGAUGAAGAGUGGCAAUGGCGGGAAAGCCGCAAACAAUUCCAAGAGCUCCCCUGUAAAAGAAAAACUGUCUCCUGCUUCUCCCAUGGAUGACAUUGAGAGAGAAUUGAUGGCUGAGGCGCGAGUGAUGGAUCAGAUGAGCAGUGGUGACAGCUCGUCAGACUCUCAAAGCUCCUCCUCCUCCAGCAGUGAGGACAGCUCGAGCAGCAGUGACUCUGAUGAUGAAACUCGGCCUUCAUCAGGCAGAUCUCACUCUGUGCCCAUGUCCACCCUCAGCAUGCCUAUCGUCACCUCUCAGGAACGCUCGGAGGAGGGCAGUGGACACCUCAUGAACACACUCAAAAAUGAUCUUCAGCUGAGUGAAUCUGGCAGUGAGAGCGAUGACGACUAAGUGCACGCUCGGCCUGCUGUUUGUCGUAUAAAUAAGAGAUGGGGUUAUCAGGACCUGCCCCUUCACUAACACUGUGAUAUGGGGAUUUUUAAUUUCCUAUCAACCUUCACUUAUAAAACAUUUCUUUCUUCAUAACAACAGUGUUUUGUCAACACCGGACGUGCUGUGUGGUUGACUGAUUAAAAACUGUGAAAAAUGUCAUAUAAAUUUAAUUAUUUAUUUUGUUAAAUGCAACUGUGUAGAACCUAUUUCUAUAGAUGUUUUUUUUUUUUUUUGCUUUUUAUUUUCUUUAAACAUAGUUACUUCCACUCAGGAAGCAUGUAUGGGUGCCAAAGGUGUGAGAGAUAUGACUUUUUGAAACAAUGUCUUAUUUGUUGUCUAAGGCUCUUUGUUUUUUCGCUCCAGGUACCAGAGCGACAUACUGUGGUUACUUGGAAUUGAUGUUAUUCAUUUUACAAUAUAAUCUGUAAUAAUUUCAAUCUCAUUCAUAUCUUGCUUACAGCCUGCAAUACUUGAAUGUGUUUGUUAUAAUCACAAUUGUUCUAAAAACAGUGCUUAGAGCAAUUGUAGUGCUAUAAUCUGUAGAUGGUAGGUGCUUUUGAUCAGAUUUGUAACCAAGGCUGCUUAUUAUACAAUAAUCCAGUCAAAAUGAAUGUUUUCUGCUUUCCACUACAUUCAUCUUUAUCCUGCUUUGGUUUCUUAUCCUUGAUGAAGCAACAUUCAUAGAGAUUACAGUCAGUUCUGCAUCUCCGCACAAAUAGUAUUGGAAGAUGGUGUAAUUUAUUAGAGCCUGGAGUUUAAUAUGAUAAAUGUGCUUCUACAGAUAGUGCUUUAACAUUAAAGGUGUGUAGAACAAUAUGA